CACUUUAAAAAGGAAAAAUAAUUAAUAGACGUGGAAGAUAUAUACGACAUACAGUGUCGUGUAGUCAUAUUUAUUGUCCGUGUUUUCUUUUUCUUCUUCUUGAUCAUCAUCAUCAAUUUCACUUUUCCCAAUACAAACCAACCCAAAUCGCUUCAUUUCACCCUUUCUCUUCUUCCACCACCAUGACUCGUUCCAAUCCAGAUGAUAAGAAUGGAAAGAUGCCUUCAUAUUUUAAUUUGCCACCACUUGAUGUCUCUUUGGCAUUUCCACAAGCAACUCCAGCCUCUACUUUUCCUCCUUGUGCUUCAGAUUAUUUUCAAUAUGAUGACUUGUUGAAACCGGAGGAGAAGGCCAUUAGGUUGAAAGUGAGAGCGUGUAUGGAAAAAGAAAUUGCUCCCAUAAUGACCAAGUAUUGGGAGAAAGCCGAAUUCCCAUUUCAUGCUAUUCCAAAGCUUGCUGAACUGGGUAUUUCUGGUGGCACAAUCAAGGGUUAUGGUUGUCCUGGACUUUCAAUAACUGGAAGUGCUAUUGCUACGGCAGAAGUUGCUAGAGUUGAUGCAAGUUGUUCAACUUUCAUUUUAGUUCAUUCAUCCUUGGCAAUGCUCACUAUUGCAUUGUGUGGGUCUGAAGCUCAGAAGCAAAAGUAUCUACCUUCGUUGGCACAGCUAAAAACUAUAGCUUGUUGGGCUUUGACUGAACCUGACUAUGGAAGUGAUGCCAGUGCUUUGAAGACCAUAGCAACUAAGGUGGAAGGUGGUUGGAUUCUUGAGGGCCAAAAGCGGUGGAUAGGAAACAGUACAUUUGCUGAUUUGUUGGUUAUCUUCGCCAGGAAUACCUCAACAAAUCAAAUAAAUGGAUAUAUCGUAAAAAAGGAUGCACCUGGUUUAACUGUCACAAAAAUAGAGAAUAAAAUUGGACUUAGAAUCGUACAAAAUGGUGACAUUGUUAUGAAGAAAGUUUUUGUCCCUGAUGAGGACAGAAUAGAAGGAGUAAAUUCUUUUCAGGAUACAAACAAGGUACUUGCUGUUUCACGUGUGAUGGUUGCUUGGCAACCUAUUGGUAUAUCAAUGGGCAUCUAUGAUAUGUGUCACAGGUACCUAAAGGAGAGGAAACAAUUUGGAGCACCAUUAGCAUCUUUCCAAAUCAACCAGCAGAAACUUGUUCAAAUGCUCAGCAAUGUUCAAGCAAUGAUUCUUGUUGGUUGGCGUCUAUGCAAGUUGUAUGAAAGUGGUAAAAUGACCCCUGGUCAUGCUAGCUUAGGGAAGUCAUGGAUCACCUUGAGGGCAAGAGAAACAGCUGCUUUGGGGAGAGAAUUGCUUGGAGGAAAUGGAAUUUUGUCUGAUUUUCUAGUGGCUAAGGCAUUUUGUGACUUAGAACCUAUCUACACCUACGAAGGCACGUAUGAAAUCAAUACUUUGGUCACAGGAAGAGAAGUUACUGGUUUUGCCAGCUUUAAGCCAGCUACACAAAGAAGUAAAAUGUGAAAAUCUAUAAGUGUUCCUCUAAAAACAGAAGCAUAUUUUGUAAUCUAGUACCAAAAACAGAAGCAUUCAAUAAUUCCAAUAACAGUUGUAAAAUGUUUGGAUAGGUUACACAAAACAGUGAAAUAAAAGAAGUAAUGAUAUUAGAUAUUCUUGAAGUCUACAUCUCUUUUUCUUUUGUUGGUAAAUGCUAUGAAGAACAAGCUUCUUGAUCACAUUUUUUCCACUUUAUAUAUCUGCUUCAUUUUCAA